AUGGUCAAGGCCAUAUUUAAACUUCCUGUAUCAGAAGUCAGCAGCAGGAGCAGCAGCAGCAACAACAGCAUCUUCCGUCCCGCUGCGCCCCCAGAGCCGCGGCCGCAGCCACAGCCGCAGCUCCGCAGCCCCGCAGCUGGGAGAGCCGCCGCCCGUUCGAGAGCCGCAGCCGCCGGCGGCAUGAGGCGCGACCCGGCCCCCGGCUUCUCCAUGCUGCUCUUCGGUGUGUCGCUCGCCUGCUACUCGCCCAGCCUCAAGUCGGUGCAGGACCAGGCGUACAAGGCACCCGUGGUGGUGGAGGGCAAGGUACAGGGGCUGGCCCCGGCUGGCGGUUCCAGCUCCAACAGCACCCGCGAGCCUCCUGCCUCAGGUCGGGUGGCGCUGGUGAAGGUGCUGGACAAGUGGCCGCUCCGAAGCGGGGGGCUGCAACGCGAGCAGGUGAUCAGCGUGGGCUCCUGCGCGCCGCUCGAAAGAAACCAGCGCUACAUCUUUUUCCUGGAGCCCACAGAACAGCCCUUAGUCUUUAAGACGGCCUUUGCCCCUCUUGACACCAACGGCAAAAACCUCAAGAAAGAGGUGGGCAAGAUCCUGUGCACUGACUGCGCCACCCGGCCCAAGCUGAAGAAGAUGAAAAGCCAGACAGGACAGGUGGGUGAGAAACAAUCGCUGAAGUGCGAGGCAGCAGCCGGUAACCCCCAGCCCUCCUACCGUUGGUUCAAGGAUGGCAAGGAACUCAACCGCAGCCGAGACAUCCGCAUCAAGUAUGGCAAUGGCAGAAAGAACUCACGACUACAGUUCAACAAGGUGAAGGUGGAGGACGCUGGGGAGUACGUCUGUGAGGCCGAGAACAUCCUGGGGAAGGACACCGUCCGGGCCCGGCUCCAUGUCAACAGCGUGAGCACCACCCUGUCAUCCUGGUCGGGGCAUGCUCGGAAGUGCAACGAAACAGCUAAGUCCUAUUGUGUCAAUGGAGGCGUCUGCUACUACAUCGAAGGCAUCAACCAGCUCUCCUGCAAGUGUCCUGUGGGAUACACCGGGGACAGGUGUCAGCAGUUCGCAAUGGUCAACUUCUCCAAGCACCUUGGAUUUGAAUUAAAGGAAGCUGAAGAGCUGUACCAGAAGAGGGUCCUGACUAUCACUGGCAUCUGCGUGGCUCUACUGGUUGUGGGCAUCGUCUGUGUGGUAGCCUACUGCAAAACCAAAAAACAGCGGAAGCAAAUGCACAACCACCUUCGGCAGAACAUGUGUCCAGCCCACCAGAACCGGAGCUUGGCCAAUGGGCCCAGCCACCCCCGGCUGGACCCUGAGGAGAUCCAGAUGGCAGACUAUAUCUCCAAGAACGUGCCGGCGACAGAUCAUGUCAUCAGGAGAGAAACUGAGACCACCUUCUCCGGGAGCCACUCCUGUUCUCCUUCUCACCAUUGUUCCACAGCCACACCCACCUCCAGCCACAGACAUGAGAGCCACACGUGGAGCCUGGAACGUUCUGAGAGCCUGACCUCCGACUCCCAGUCAGGCAUCAUGCUGUCAUCAGUGGGCACCAGCAAGUGCAACAGCCCAGCCUGUGUGGAGGCCCGGGCCCGGCGGGCAGCAGCCUACAGCCUGGAGGAGCGGCACAGGGCAGCUGUGCUACCCUACCACGACUCUGUAGAUUCCCUGCAUGAUUCCCCACACAGCGAGAGGUACGUGUCGGCCCUGACCACGCCCGCGCGCCUCUCGCCCGUGGACUUCCACUACUCGCUGACCACGCAGGUGCCGACUUUCGAGAUCACGUCCCCCAACUCGGCGCACGCGGUGUCGCUGCCCCCGGCUGCACCCAUCAACUACCGCCUGGCGGAGCAGCAGCCUCUGCUACGGCACCCACCGCCCCCCGGCCCAGGCCCUGGGCCUGGACCUGGAGCAGACAUGCAGCGCAGCUACGACAGCUACUACUACCCUGCCGUGGGGCCGGGGCCGCGGCGAGGAGCCUGCGCGCUAGGCGGCAGCCUGGGCAGCCUGCCCGCCAGCCCGUAUCGCAUCCCGGAGGACGACGAGUACGAGACCACGCAGGAGUGCGCGCCCCCGCCCCCGCCGCGGCCGCGUACGCGCGGCGCGUCCCGCAGGACGUCGGCGGGGCCCAGGCGCUGGCGCCGCUCACGCCUCAAUGGGCUGGCGGCGCACCGCGCACGCGCGGCGCGGGACUCGCUGUCGCUGAGCAGCGGUUCGGGCGGCGGUUCAGCCUCAGCCUCGGACGACGACGCGGACGACGCGGACGGGGCGCUCGCGGCCGAGAGCACGCCUUUCCUCGGCCUGCGAGCCGCGCACGACGCGCUGCGCUCGGACUCGCCGCCGCUGUGCCCGGCGGCUGACAGCAGGACUUACUACUCCCUGGACAGCCACAGCACGCGGGCCAGCAGCAGACACAGCCGCGGGCCGCCCCCGCGGGCCAAGCAGGACUCGGCGCCCCUCUAG